GGCCUUUGGCGGGCUGGGGCGGGGGGCUGUUCCCUGGGCCGCGGUGGGGCGGCUGUGCUAACGGGUCCCUAAAUGCCGACUGAGUAUUUCAUGUCAGUAGCUGUGCGGUUAAGGUGUGCGUUCCCCCUGCUCGGGCAACGCGGGCUGCAAGCGCUCUUCAGUAAAAGAUACACUUGGUGAGGUACUAGUGCCUGUGUGUGCACACGUAUCUUUCCCUUGCACAGUUUUCUUACGUUCUAACAAUUAAUUGUAUAAACACUCUUUUCUUCUACAGCCUUUGCAUAGCAUAUGGAUCAGCCUGGAUAUGAAUUAAGAACUAAGGAGGCUGUUUAACCAUAGACUUUUCUGAAACAGUUGAGCAUCUUUUGGUGUUGAAGGAAGGUCAGCACAGCCUUGGCAGAUGGUUAGCUGGCAUCCCACCCCUCGCUUCCCCUGCCUUGGGUCAGAGACGGAGGUGCUGCCUAUGCUAAGUCCCCUCCUGAAAUCUUGCAUCUCUUAGCUGCAGCUGUAAUAAACUGAACUAGUUGAGGCUAUAUUUUUCCCACGCUCUUUUUUUUUUUUUUUCAGAAGGAGUGAAUGAUUUAUCAGCAAAACAUGUAGUCCCCCUCCCUUGUCAUACACCCGUAAAAGCAUUUAAUCAGGGAAGGUUUAGGAGAAGUCUGACGGUAGAAGAAACUUUCAGAACAGCAGAGUAAUAACAUUGCACACUGGUUUAUUUUGCAACUUCAGAAGUUUUAUCUUUAUUUGCUUUAGUCUGUGUUAGGCUUCUUGCAGGAAAGAAAUUAGUGUUUGCUUCCACAUAAGGGCGCUUUGCAAUUCUGCCCAGCACUUACAGGCUGCGCUGUAGAGAGACUUACUUUGUGACAGCGAUGAUGUUUUGUAUUCCAUUAGCUGGAACAGUAACAUUUUGUGGCCAAAAUUUGGGGUGGGUGAUUUGAAUAUUUAUUGUUAUGACCUCAGAUAAAGAAAAAACUUAAUACCUUAAUACUCUGAUUUCUUCUUGUAUAAAGAAUAGAGAGAUAACUAAUAAUGCAAUGGAAAUUCUUUUUUUUUUCUGAGACUUUUAUUUGUUUCUUUUAAUUUUUCCAAUAUCCCAUUGAUGAAGAAGGCUUGUAAGGUGAUUUACAAGAAGGUAAUUUUUAAGUGUCUCUUUAGACUUUAAACAAAGAGGAGAUGUUCUCUUCACUGUAAUUGGUGUUCUGUCACCUGCUUACUGCAGUUUGUAGCUGUUUUUUCUUUAUAUGAUACUGUUCUGCAAGGUACAGCUCACUAUUAUCAAAAGGUCCAGGUCCCUUUUACCAUAGAUCCAUGCAAUGGUUUGGGUUGGAAGGGACCCUCCAGAUCAUCUAGUUCCACCCCCCUGCCAUGGGCAGGGACACCUUCCACUAGACCAGGUUGCUCAAAGCCCCGUCCAACCUGGCCUUGAGCACUGCCAGGGAGGGGGCAGCCACAGCUUCUCUGGACAACCUGUUUCAGUCUUCCUUACAUCCAAUCAAAAUCUACCAUCCUUACAUUUAAAACUGUUUCACCUUGUCCUGUCACUACAGGCUCUGGUCUUCCCAUCUUUCUUAUAAGCCUCUUUUAAGUACCAGAAGACUGCUAUAAGGUCUCCUCAGAGCCUUCUCUUCUCCAGACUGAACAACUGCAACUCUCUCAGCCUGUCCUCAUAGGAGAGAUGUUCCAUCCCAGUGACCAUUUUUGUGACCCUCCUCUGGACCCACUCCAACAGGUCCAUGUCUUUCCUGUGCUGGGGGCCCCAGAGCUAAACUCAGCACUCCAGGUGGGGUCUCAUGAGAGCAGGGCGGAGGUGGAGAAUCUUCUCCCUUGACCUGCUGGUCACAAUUCUCUUGAUGCAGCCCAGGAUACAGUUGGAUUUCUGGGUUGUGAGUGCAUAUUGCCAGCCCAUGUCCAGCUUUUCUUUCACCAGUACCCAGAAGUCCUUCUCCGCAAGGCUGCCCUCAAUCUCUUCUUUCCCCAGGCUGUAUCAAUACCAGGGGUUGCCCCAACCCAUGUUCAGGACCUUGCACUUGGCCUUGUUGAGCCUCAUGAGGUUCACAUGAGCCCACCUCUCAAGCCUGUGAAUGUCCCUCUGGAUGGCAUCUCUUACUUCUAGCAUCUCUUCUUUCAACUGCACCACUUGGCUUGGUGUCAUCUACAAACUCCCUGGGGGUGCAUGCAAUCCCACUGUCUGUCAUCAAUGAAGAUAUUAAAUAGUAUUGGUCCCAAUACAGACCCUGAGGGAUACCACUCAUUACUGGUUUCUACUUGGGACAUUGAGCUGUUGACUGCAACUCUUUGGAUGUCUCCAUCCAUCCAGUUCCUUAGCCAUCUAACAGUCCAUCCAUCAAACUCCUAUCUCUCCAGUCCUUCACCUUUUCCUUGUUUUCUGCCUUCUGUCCUGUCAGCUCUGUAGCUCACUGGACCUUUUCAUAGGCCACUUUAACUCACCAGAAUAGCAGAAAACUUUGUGCUUUCCUGAGUUUUCUGCUGUUUUGUGAGUUCAUUUAGUUUGUGGAGAGUGUGACGAGGGUGUGAACUGUUAGGGAAGGUAGGGUGAGGGAAAGAAGGGAGACCUCCCUAUUCUUCAGCAGCAAGCCAUUACGUCAGCUCAUCUACUCAAGGAGGCAUAACCAUAGCCUUAAUAAUUAUGCCAGGUCCAUAGCAUAUUUUGCAUUACAUUUUUCAAGUAUCCAGGAUAAAAGAAGGGAAGCAGUAUAAAAGGUUUACAACAUGACCCAGUAAGCUUGAAAGUGAAUUCCUUUGUAUUUUCCUAUCUGUAAUGUGGAUAUUACAAGUUGCUACAAUGGGUUGUUUCAGUACUUGAUACAGCAGCCUUUUAAUUGGCAGUUUUUCUUGGCAGCUGUUGAUCUGAUGCCCAAUUUUUGUACAUUGUGCAAGGAUCGCUAAUAACUCACUGUAAUGUUACAAAUAAUGAAAAGUACAGGCAGGCCACUUGGUACCACUCUGCGUACUAGUACUGGUAGACCCAUUUUAUUUGCUUUUCAUGUUUAUGUCUUUGAAAUAAAAAGACAAUUAAUAUUUUUUUUUAGUUUUUAUUGUAUUCAUUAAUGCAAUAGAAGUCUUGGUCUCCAGUACUAUAGUACUACUGCUGGGUGGUUAUAGCUGGAGGAGGUAUUGUACAUCUCAGAACAGUAUUUAAGUUUUAAAAAGAACAGAAGUAACAGAACGUAACUGAAAAAAAUACUGGCUUCCCUUUUGAGAGGGAUAACAGGAAAAACAAGGACUUGCAAAGAGAUAAAUAUGUUUUAUAAACCCAAGGCAUACUUAAAAACUCGCAGGUUGUUAGUGUUACUAACCUUUUUGAGUGUGUGUUGUAUUUAUGGGGUGAGAAAUUGCCUAAAGUUCCAGUCAUGUGAUGUAUGUAUUUUAUUUACUCUGGAGAACUGACACUGCUUCAGGCCAAGGAGAUGACUAAAAGUCCCCCAAACAAGUUAGAAACAUUUUCUUACUAGCUGUAGUUAUGUGUGGUUGAUACCUGCACAAUCUGUAUUUAAAAAAAAAAAAAAAUCGAGUUCCUGGCUAGACUAAAUACAUGAUAGUAAGAGUGGAGUCACAGUCUAAUAAUGCUAUUGCCACUGCGUGAAAAAUUGGAGAGCUUGCCUUUCCUUUAUAGUCCAACAAGCUAGUAUACUUUGAGCAAAUUCAUUAAUUUUUACCUUGAGCCCAGGACCAUGCUGUUUCUUGUACACCUUCCAACUCUACUUUGAAAACUUAAACGUGUGGUGUAAGGCACAUGGGUUGACAUUUUUAUGUUCUUACCUUCCAUUAUAACUACUAGAUUUAUAAGUCAGGGUAUACUGUCUUUACAUGCUGCAGCCUGGUAAUUCUGAAAAGUGCUACUGAACACAUUGAAAGUGUCAAUAGGACACACCUCCAUCUCAUUUUGACGCUCUCUUAAGUUGCCAUUGGAGACUGAAGUGAGUUGUUACAUUUUCCUACUGUGCUUUUUUUAUUCAUGCUCUGUCGGUUUUUAGCAUUCUGUCCAGUUCUGUAGGGUCUCUCCUUGCCCAGUAUUAUAAAUAGUUUUGGGUUGAACUGCUGUUUACACAGGUCUCCAAGAAUGCCUUGGGAAAUUUAUUUUUUUCAAAAGGAACUGUAAUCUGAGUUAGUGCUGUAGUGUAAGAAGGGGUUGAAAGGAUAUCAUGGUGUGGGAGAGGAUGUUACUCAAUGCAAGUAAUGGAAGGGGAAAAGUCAUGGCCGAAGGAAAGCUAUUACACUGAUGAUUUUGCAAUUCAAAUUACCUUAACUUUCUCCUGCAUCUUAAAGAGAUAGGUGUUUAUUCUAGUUAGUUCCAUCUGAAGUCAGCAGAAGUAGAAAUGGUUCCCUGUAGUUCUGAAUCUGUGUUUUUCUGGCUGAUUCAAGGUGUAGUUAGCCCUCAGUACCAGUGACGGAGUGGACUUAAAGAGCUGCCUUCUGAUGAGCACCUGAUUCAUACCCAGUUUGUCUUCCACAAAUGUGUAUGUGUGGUAUGUGAGAAAGGCAAAAUUUGGCCCUGAAUGUGAGAAAUUAUUUGAAAUAGAAUAUUCAAUGUCACUCAUAAAAUAUCCAAUAGUUAUAUAGCAAUGAUAACUGUGAAAGAGCUUUAGUUUGCUAGGAGGUCUGUAACAUUAGAAGUUUUGAAAAAGUGGGAGUAACAGCAGGAUGCCCUUCUGUAGUUAAAAAUUGUUACAUUUGGAGGAUAAACUUUUAAUAGUUUAUUAUGAAGUAAAUUCACUGCUUAUAAAGAUGUAACUAUGGUGUUUUUUUGUUGGUUGUGUUUUUUUAAAUGUUACUCAGCAGCCAUCUAUAACUGCAUGGGAUUAUUGUAGCCAUUUUAAAAGAAGUUCAUUUUUUCCGAGGGUUACAUUAGAGUAAGCUGAGAUGCCCAGGCAAGGGAUCUACAUUUCUGCAAAUUGUAGUGCUCUUGGAAAAGAUGUGAGGCCUUGUGGAGUGCAAAGAAUAGAUAGGCUUGAAAAUUCAAGGCUUAAAGCUGUUAAAUCUAUUACAUGAUUUAAUUUGAAGUCUUGAGUUCAUAAUCUGCACUGGAAAAUAAGUAUAUCCAGUUCAGAAAAUACUAUUCUGAAUUAAUUUCCACAGAAUAUACAGGUUGUAUAAUUGUUGGUACAUGUUUUUCCCCCAAAUUUAAUCUAAUUUUUCUUUAAUUGUCUUAUUCACUUCUUAUUUUUCAGGAGUCUUUGAAAAAUCCUUAGUGGUCAUGACAUUGUUACAAGUGACAUAAAUUAGCCAGUGGCUCAGAAUGAUGGAUACCCAGAAGACUACAAAUGGUUUGCAAGUGAUUGGAGAAGGGACUGUUAUAGGGAAAUCGACACUCCACAUGGUGGGGUAUUUGGGAAAAAACUGUAAUCCUGUGGAAACAACUGCACAUGAGUAUUGUCCAGUCUGCAAAGAGAAGGGACAGAUCCAAGUUUUACGGACUUACCGCAUUAAUUUUCAAGAGUCCAUUUUUCUUUGUGAAAAUCCUCAGUGUAUCUACCCACUUGGUUAUAAACCAUUAAACAGCAUAAUUACUUCUGCUGAUUCAGAAAAUCAUCAAGUUCCAUCUACUCAUAAGAAGAGGAAAUUGUGUGAUAUCAGUGACUUUUCUCCUGUUGAAUCCCAUCCAAAAAAAGCAAAAACUAAUGAUGUAGUAAAUGUUGAGCACACUAUUAAUACAGACCCUGUUGUGGAACGCUAUCAGAAUAGUUUAUGUAUUCCCAAGUCAAGUCUACAUAACGUGUUACAAAAUGACCAGCAAACACCGAGUAACACUGUGGAGCCCUGCAUGCAGAAGGUGGAUUUUGAAACAACUACCACCCCUACCAGCUCUCAUGAAAGUCCACCUAAGACUUCUAGUCCCAGAACACAACUCUUAACAAAUUCUGAACUUUGCUCAACAACAUCUGAAAUUUUGCUCAACGAUGAUAAAUAUUCCACUAAUAACACAGAUUUAUGUCUUCAGUGGAGAAACAUGUAUAAUCUUUGUUGGUUAGAUUGCAUUUUGUCAGCCCUGGUACACUUAGAAACAUUAAAAUUUGCUCUAGCAGAAGAAUAUAAUAACGGAAAAUGUUUACUCCAGGAACUUUUAACAAAACAUAAGCAAGCAACUAUGCUUCUGAAUACCUGUAAAAAGAGUAAAGUAAAAGAUGUUCUUCCAAAAGCAGAAUCUCAUCUCAAUGAAAUCAGAAACAGAAUGUUUACAUGCCUUCAGCCUCGGCUUAGGAAUGAAUUGAACACAAAGGAGAGUCCAGUGUUUGCACUCCCUCUACUUUUACAACUGGAUCAGCAGGCUGAGAAACUAUUCUUGCAUUCGUUUUCAUGGAAGUUUGAAUGUGUAUGUUGUGGCUACAAAUAUCAGGACCGAUUGAGGAAAACAUUAACAACGUUCACAAAUAUUAUCCCUGACUGGCAUCCACUUAACGCCAUUCAUAUUGGACCUUGUAAUAACUGUAGUGAUAGAUCUCAAAGAAGACAGAUGAUUUUGGAAAAAGUACCCCCAAUACUGAUGUUAAAUUUUGUAGAAGGCUUGCCACAUAACAACCUGAAGAGCUAUUCAUUUCAGUUUGAAGAAGACACCUACCAAAUAACAUCUAUUGUUCAGUAUCAAACAGAUAAGCAGCACUUCAUAACCUGGUCUUUGAAUCCUGACGGAACUUGGCUUGAAUGUGAUGAUUUGAAGGGGCCAUAUUGCAAGAGACAUAAAAGAUUUGAAGUUCCUUCUUCAGAGAUUCAUAUUGUUAUGUGGGAAAAGAAAACUUCACAUGUGCCAGAAGAACUGAAUUCACAGUUGCAGAGUAAAAAUAUUGAAGCUUUUCCUCUUAAUAAUAUACAGUCAAAUUCCACAGUGUUGCACUGUGGUUUUGAUAACACUGUAGACAAAAUACCUGCAGAACAUCACAAAGAGGAUUCUGUGAAAACUCCAGAUAAAAAACAGCAGUGGGUAGCUGAGGAUGAAAGUGGUGUUCAUCAUGGUUUAGAAAAUCUAACACAUGAUGAUCUUGUAACACUAAUGCUUGAAGAAAUUCAAGUUGACUCAGAAGGUAAAUCACUGCUGAACAGACAGAUGGUGGGAAAUAACCUUGUAGAAAUGGGCACACCGCAACAGCAGGAAUCAGCUCUUUCACCUAACACUCCAGAUACAGGAGAGUGUGCUGGAACUAGUCUAUCUAUGAACAAUACAUGUAUGUUAUAUGAAAAUUCCAGCAUUUGCUUACCUCUAGAAGAGUUGAACCUAGCAAAUAUUACUCCUGAUCCCAAAAACCAGAACCCUGACCCAUCUGACUCGUCGCUUGCUCAAAGAACAGAUGACAGAACAAUGUUACCUAAACGAGAACAUGGAUUAAAUCCAGAACUACAACAAAACAAGAAGUUGUCACCAGUAAAGAAUAGUAUACAAAAAUCACCUGACUUGAAAGAUGAAAGCAGAAUUGUAGUUAAUUCUCAGGUUGCCAAUUCUGCUGCCAAUAAUUCCUUUCAGCCUUCACACAAAGACAAAAAAAGAGGAUUUGUAGGAAGCUGGGUAAAGAAAUUAUUAAGCAAGAGUACUCCUUUUAUGCCUUCAAGUGCCUCAGCUCUCAAGAAUGAGAGAAGUUGCAAAACUCCCUCACUGCAAAAAAUAAGUGAAGUGCGGUUACCAAUUAAGAGAGCAAGUAACUUUGGUGGAUUUCAAAGCAGAGGUACAAACAAAACAACUGAGACCACGAAGUCGAUGGUUCAUCAGAGUAAUAAUACUCAUCCUUUAUCAAAUUUCAAAGGUUUUUCUCAAAGCACUCAUCUUCCAACAGCCAGUCAUACCACUAUUGCAGGUCCAACUUGGAAUAAGUCAGGAAGUACGUUGGGUACCUCAGGUAAAGUGACUCAGUUCCAUUCACCUAGCUAUAACCCUGGGAAGGCAGAAGAGUCAGACAGUGACAAAACAAAAAAACUUCGUCUAAAACUCUUAAAAAAACUUAAUGCUAAAAAGAAGAAGUUGGCAUCACUGGAUAGGCUAGCAGUGGAACAGAUGAAACAGGAGAAACCUGUGAGUGGAGAUGUAAGCACCCCAUCACAGACUGAAUCUCACAAUGACAGUGAAUUAUUGCAGAGCUUUUUAAGGGAACUGCAGUAUCAGAUUGAUGUUGCAGAUAAUGAAUCUGAAUUUAAUGUGAACUCUGUAUCGGGGUGCACUAGCCGUAGUAACAGUGAUGAAAUACUGGCAGAGUUACUGUCCCCUACUUCAACUGUUGCUUCCUUAGAGGCUUCAAAAAGUGAAGAUGAAUGUAUGUAUAUGGAAAUGGUGGAUAGCAGUGUUGCAGUGACAGUGUCCGAGGAGAAGACCAGUGUGCCACAUGUAUCAAUGACAAGCGAGGACCACAAUUAUUACAGUCCUAUAAAGGACGGUAACUUGGAGCCUUGUACGAUAAGCAAACCCAGCGUGAAAAAACUUGCUUUUGAAAGCCCUACAAGGGAAGAUAUCCUCGAAGACCUGUUCUCCAUUUCAGCCCCAAGCUCAAUGGAAGGUGACAUAGAUUUACCUCAUUUUGAUGAAACUCUGUUUGAAACUUGGUAAAUAUUCGGUUUCUUGGUUUUAAGUAUUUUUCAAUAUUAUGUAUAUUUUGAAACAAAGCACUAUUAAAUUAUAUUUUCUAACUAGUUUAACUGCACACUGGCUUUACUUGAACAAUUUACAUUUGAAGUAUUUUUUUUCUUAAAAUUUUAUUUUAGCAGACAGAUAAGGGUUUAAUGCAUUUUAUUUUUCUGAGAACCGGUUAUUUUAGCUGUCAGAUGUGAUGGCAAUUUUUAAUUAAAAGCUCCUGUGAGUCUUAUUUUUUGCUGCUUUUAAUAUGGAAAACUUACCCAUAUUCUCCUGAGUUUGAGAAAUAAUAAACUUCAGUAGUCUUGAUGAUGUAAUGGUGUAAGAAAUAUUAUUUAGGUAGUAGUGAUUUAUUUUACAAGAUCACUCAACUCCUGAAGUUAUUUUGUCUGACACUUAAAAAAAAAA